CAGCACACCUUCUCAAAUCUUCUUCCCGCCCGGCUCCGUCCAUAAAUACCCCUCCUCUCCUCUCCACUCACACUCUCGCUCUCUCAAUUCUCAGAAAUUUCAAACUCUUAAGAUGCCUCAUUUCCGUUUCUCUCUCUAACCACACCUCUCCUAAUCUCCUCGAGCUUCAAGCCUUCAACUCCGUUCCAGAUCGAAUCGUCCGUACCUCUGAAAACCUAAAACUCGGCGAUUCGGAGCGAUGAAGUUGAAGAUCAACAAAGCCUGCGAUCUCAGCUCCAUCUCCGUCCUUCCUCCUCACAACAGGAGAUCAAAUUCUGUUUCACAUGGACCACAAGGUUCGCAGCUUCAGCUUCGAUCUCAACCAUCAGAGCAGUCAUUUUCUCAGGGACUCUCAUCUCAGUAUGGCAUGUUUUCUCAGCUCUCUCAGACAUCUCUUGACGCUUUUACAGAUCAGAGGUCUCAAGAACGGGAGAACACUGUGAAGAAGAUUGCUCGCUUACCCCUAAUUAGUCAUGCCCGUGAAGAGAGUCAAAUGCAGAUUUCAAGACCUUCCAACAGUCUCACGCGCAAGUGGAGUUCUGCUUCUGGUUCAGAUCAUCGAUGUCAGAUCAGUGAGGAAUUUGAACAUCGUAUUGGAAUAAUGGAAACUUCAUUAAGCAAGUUUGGGAUGAUCUUGGAUUCUGUCCAGAGUGACGUUAUGCAAGUAAAGAAAGGAACAAAAGAAGUUUCAAUGGAGAUGGAAGCAGUACAGCAGAAGUUGAUGGUUCAAGACAGCUUGCUGCAGUUAAUGCAGAAUAAGGGGCAAGAAGAUUUCAAAGCUAGCCUUGAUGCGGGCAUCAAAUCUAUGUCGGAGCAACUGAGCAAAAAUGAAAAUCAAGAUAAAUUACAGGAGAUGUUCUUAGUGCUUUCAACCUUACCAGAAAAGAUUGAAGCAUCCAUCCUGAGUUCGCAAAAUAAUUUACACAGCUCCUUCAUCAAGGAAAUGCAGAAACUGCUUUGCAGUAUCCAAACAUGCCAGAAUCAGAUUAUGUACCCCAUCCAAACAUCCAAAGUGCUAUCUGUAGUUUCACCAAAGGCACCAAAGGCUGCUGCCAUUCCUGCUAUUCCACAAGUAGAGCAAAAGCCUAAGAGGACGUAUGUGAGAAAGUAUGUGAGGAAGUACAAAGCACAAGCACCCUCUUUACCUUCAUCAAAGAAAUUGCAGGGCGCUGCCUGUCACUCUGUUCCAGAAAAAAGGACACAGCCUAUUAAGAAAGAGUUCGAGAGGCUUAAAAACCCUGCUCUCGAUUCCCACUCAACUGUACCUCCAAAGGUUUCUGUUCAAGCAGCUGUAGUUACAACGACAGAAACAGGAGGCUGGAAGACUGUAAAGGCGGGAAAAGCAACCUCUAUUGAUAGGGUGCCCCAGAAAGCACAAAAACAUAAUGGAAUUACCUUGGUUAAACAGGAAAGAGGAGGUAGAAUUAUCAUUGAAUCAGAUGAGGACAUUGAUGGAGGAUUUUCAUUCUUACUUGACGAGAAAGAAACAGAAGACAUAAAAAACUAUAUGAUUGAAGAGGUAGACCAAGAGACAGAACGGAUUUUGAGGAGGGCAAGGAGGCGAAAGAGAAGAUGCUGUAACCCUAUAAUUAUUAACUGAAGAUGCUUGAAGUCUGCUCCUCCCAUGUGCUUUGUGUCCUAACCCAUAACCCCAACAUUAUGUGCUUUGAAUCCUUUGAUUACUUUGGGGUAUGUUUUUCCCCAUGCCCUAUUGUUAUAUCCCUAUACCUCCUAGUAGUUAUAGAUGUCCUUUGGGACACAUAGAUAGCCAAAGAACUUUGGGUUCAUCCCUCAGUUGUUGUAAAGAACAGGUAAUAUGAUCAAAGAGAUCCCACUAUUGUCUGGCAA